AUGGGAGGCCGAAUGGGCGUGGUCAGACGUGGCAGUGACGUCACGUCGCACGUUUCCAGCUCUGGAAAAUCUGGAGCCGCACCGUGUCUUCAACACUUUUCAGUUAUAAGAAGUAUUGGAAGAGGAGCAUUCGGGAAAGUUUGCAUUGUGCAAGAAAGGAAAACAAAAAAGUAUUUUGCGUUGAAAUAUAUGAAUAAAAGAAGGUGUAUUGAGAAGGGUGUCGCUGCAAAUGUAAUCCGUGAACUGACACUUCUUAGUAAGAUUUCUCACCCUUUCAUUGUAAACCUAUGGUAUACAUUCCAGGAUCCAGACUAUAUGUAUAUGGUUUCUGAUCUAUUACUUGGCGGAGAUCUCAGAUAUCAUUUGAGUCAGCAGGGAAAAUUCGCAGAGGAUCGAGCGAAAUUGUAUUUGUGUGAGAUUUGUUUGGCAGUCGAGUACUUACACGAGAUGAAAAUAGUGCAUCGAGACAUCAAACCAGAGAACAUUUUGUUGGAUGAACAAGGACACGCCCACUUGACAGAUUUGAAUUUAGCCACGCAAUUAGAAGAUGAUCAAUUGGCGACGUCAUACUCGGGAACAAGACCUUAUAUGGCUCCAGAGAUAUAUGCAACGUAUUUGGAAUUAGAAGAUGGAUAUGAUAGUAGAGUUGAUUGGUGGGCAUUAGGUGUAUGUUUUUAUGAAAUGCUUCGAGGAAGGACUCCGUUUGAAUUUAGUUCGAGGACGAAACCAGAGGAGGCAUAUGUUGCAUUCCGUGAAUCGUCAAUACCCUAUCCUGCUCAUUGGCCAACUGAUCUGAUUCAUUUUAUUAAUACGAUGCUUAAAUUUGACAAGGAAAAAAGAAUAAUCGGUUUAGAAGCAAUCAAAAAACAUGCGUAUACAGAGAGAAUAGAUUUCAAAAGUGUUUUUGAAAGAAAACCUGCACCAGUUUUCAUUCCAUGUAAAGAGGGUCUUAACUGUGAUCCGAUGUAUGAACUUGAAGAGAGAAUUCUAGUUUCUACACCAAUUCAUCGAAGAAGAACAAAUCAUAAUAAUAGUUCAGGGAGAAGUUCAAGUGAACCACAGAAUGCUGCAUUGGUAGAAGUUUCGAAAGCAUUCAUCGACUUCUCCCGUCAUAAUAUGAAAAUUGAGCCGAAUGGAUUGUGUAGAUCAAACUAG